UAAUUUAAAUCGCUUAUCGACAGAAGUUGAAGCAUAGAUUAAACAGCUGUGAAACGGCUGGGAAAUACCACAGAUUAUAAAUUACUAUUGAAGAGUUAUAAUUAAACUGGACGAAAACUGUGAAAUAAUAGACAAAAUGAGGAACAAUAUGAAACCAUGUCAGCAUGCGUCAAAUGAUACGGUCUACAAAGAAGUUGUUAUCAUUGGUAAUGGGCCCAGUGGUAUGGUGGCAUCCUUCAUGCUGGCGGGGAACGUGCCCUACCUCAGGGACAUUCCUGAAGACCUACAGAUCGAUGAGAUGCUCAGAGCCAGAUUAUCAAAUUUACCAGAAGGGCAGAGUUUGUAUGAAACAGAUCUGUUGGAGCUGGCUGAAGGGUUGGAGGGACGCAGUCAGAACCCUAUCCCGCUAUUGAUGGAUAAUCUAUUGCGGCCGUGUGCAGAUAUAGGCGUAAAUGCAGACGGUCUGAUCGAAUGGAAAUACGACGUAGAGAAACAGAUAGACCACAUAGUGCUGGGCCGGGGUCCGCCGGGGGGCGCGUGGCAGUCGUUCCCAGCUCGCGUCCGCACGCUAUCACCCGCCGCCUGGCUCUGCCUGCCCCCACACCGAGCCGCACUCACCGACCGACUACCAGCUCGCGCUGUUGCUGACUACUGCACGCGCUAUGUACGAGCCUGCAACCUCACACGAUACUUUCGCAGCGACGUAGUGGUGACAAGUGUGCGGCCGUGGCCGCGGACCGGGCAGCCCUGUUCGUCUGUCUGUCCCCUCGCCGCUAACUUCUGUGUAUCCGGGUACGACGCGGGGUCUGGUCGAGGGUUCCGGUACUUGUGUGCUCGUGUGAUAACUGCGAGUGGCGCCGGGCGCGCAGCCACUCUCCAGCCGCACGUGGCUCGGUACGCACUACACGCGCUCGCUCCUCUACAACGAGCGUUACAGCCAGCAGUAGACAAUAACCAGCCGCCGGUCCUGAUAGUGGGAUCUGGAGUGAGUGCAGCAGACGCGGUGUGGCUCACACUCCGCGCCAACCGUCACGCCCUACAUCUGCACAGGACACCGGCAGAAGCGUUGGCACGGCUGUCUCCUCAGACCUACCCGGAUUAUUGCCAGGUAUACAAGAUGAUGUGUGAUAGAACGUCCGGCGAUUACGUCAACUAUACCUCUUACCCAGAGCACGUGAUAGUCGACGUCACACCCGAGACCACAGACUCUCCAGAGACCACAGACACAGAAUACGACACCAGGCUGAAGAGAGUCAAACUCCUCAACAUUGUCACAAAUGAAGUCCAAGAAGUGACUGUCUCUAUUAUUACAGUGUUAAUCGGAUCGAAGCCAGAUUUGUUCUUCUUACAAACGAAUUUCAGCUUUGACUGCAUAGAUAUUGAUUGCGUUAAAUGUAGACGAAGAGAUGAGAAGAGAAAAAUAGAUAACAGAAGACGCAGCUUCCUAAAAGAGCACUGGCAUUACCUAAAAUCAAUAUUGGGACAGAGCAUCCAAAUUUGCAAAUCAAGAUUUAAUUACAGUGAAAUUAAUGGCAACACCGAUACCAAAUGUAUGAUGCCGGACUGCAAUAAAAUUGAGACGUGCGCGUGCAACACUGAGCUGGAUAAUGAAUGUGAUUAUGAGGGUUAUAAGAACUCUUUAGAGGCGAAGUUCAGUUGUCAAUGCAAUAGUAACCCGUAUUCAAAUGGUAUAGGGUUCGGAAUUGAUCCGGAGAAGCCAGUGGAUGGUAGGACCAACCCAGUGGCCAUAGACAAAAGUACGCACGAAUUAUUAUACGCCCCAAAAGGUAUAUAUGCCUUAGGUCCCCUAACAGGGGAUAAUUUCGUCCGUUUCAUCCCCGGCGGAGCGCUAGCUAUAGUGACACAUAUACACAAAAUGAAAACAGAAACCGAAUGACUUGCCAUAACCAAUACUAUGUGAUUGAAACAUUUAAUGUCAUUUCAGUUUACAAUAAAAUAUUUUU